AGCAGGAGGAGGAGGAGAAAAAAGGAAGAUGAACAGAAAAAAGAAAUAAGGAAGUUCCAAAGGGAAGGAGAGGGAGAUACAAAGAAGACUAGGAGACAAACAGGUCCGUCUUGACUUUGUGUUGCUUGUUGGAUAAAUGUUACAAUCUUUUGCCGAACCUGAAGAGGUCCUUUUCACUCUACCAUCUGUCUAACUAUUCAGUCUCAUACCUUCCAUAAUGCGAUACUCUGUACACCAUGCACCUGAAAGCCUGGCUCUUUGCUCGCCUACAAAGUCCAAAGGGACCCUUUGAAAACUGCAUUUGUGCAAGUGGAACUCUUUGUUUAUCUCCUUUUUCUUCACCAGGCAUAUUUCUGCCCAUUGAUUAUCCUAUCUCCAAAGCCAUCACUAAGAGGCCAUUCUUGACUUUCUCAGACAGAGUUCCUGGAAACACUCAGCUUUAUAGCCCAUUCUACUCUUAGAAGGCUGCUCACAAAGCUUCUCUUUUGGCUUACAGUACCUUGCAUAUACCUCGAUUAUCACAAUUUCAACAUUUAAUUUCUGAGUUUUUUCUCCCCAUCAAACCAUUGAGGCAUCAUUAACUGACUCAGCAGUGAACAAUGUUGCAUUGCUUAUCUUUGGUGGAUAUCUCUCUCUUCUAACGUAGUGUCAGCUCUUUACAAUAAAAGUUGCCUUAUCUAACAUACAGUUAGACUCAGUUGCCAAUCAAUCACUAUAAAUUAUUUUCUAUGUUUCCUCCUUUUUCUUGAUGGCUACUAUGAAUCAGAGAAUAACCGAACACUUCAUAUGCUUCCUGUUUAAUGAUGACUCAGUAGUGAUAUGCUUCCUGUUUAAUGAUGACUCAGCAGUGAUAUGCCUCCUGUUUAAUGACUCAGCAGUGAUAUGCUUCCUGUUUAAUGAUGACUCAGCAGUGAUAUGCUUCCUGUUUAAUGAUGACUCAGCAGUGAUAUGCCUCCUGUUUAAUGAUGACUCAGCAGAGAUAUGCCUCCUGUUUAAUGACUCAGCAGAGAUAUGCCUGUUUAAUGACUCAGCAGUGACAUGCCUCCUGUUUAAUAAUGACUCAGCAGUGAUAUGCCUCCUGUUUAAUGACGACUCAGCAGUGAUAUGCUUCCUGUUUAAUGAUGACUCAGCAGUGAUAUGCUUCCUGUUUAAUGACGACACAGCAGUGAUAUGCUUCCUGUUUAAUGAUGACUCAGUAGUGAUAUGCUUCCUGUUUAAUGAUGACUCAGUAGUGAUAUGCUUCCUGUUUAAUGACUCAGUAGUGAUAUGCUUCCUGUUUAAUGAUGACUCAGUAGUGAUAUGCUUCCUGUUUAAUGAUGACUCAGUAGUGAUAUGCUUCCUGUUUAAUGAUGACUCAGUAGUGAUAUGCCUCCUGUUUAAUGAUGACUCAGCAGAGAUAUGCCUCCUGUUUAAUGACUCAGCAGAGAUAUGCUUCCUGUUUAAUGAUGACUCAGCAGUGAUAUGCUUCCUGUUUAAUGACGACUCAGCAGUGAUGUGCUUCCUGUUUAAUGACGACUCAGCAGUGAUGUGCUUCCUGUUUAAUGACGACUCAGCAGUGAUGUGCUUCCUGUUUAAUGACUCAGCAGUGAUAUGCCUCCUGUUUAAUGAUGACUCAGCAGAGAUAUGCCUCCUGUUUAAUGAUGACUCAGCAGUGAUAUGCUUCCUGUUUAAUAAUGACUCAGCAGUGAUAUGCUUCCUGUUUAAUGACGACUCAGUAGUGAUAUGCUUCCUGUUUAAUAAUGACUCAGUAGUGAUAUGCCUCCUGUUUAAUAAUGACUCAGCAGUGAUAUGUUUCCUGUUUAAUGACGACUCAGCAGUGAUAUGCUUCCUGUUUAAUGACGACUCAGCAGUGAUAUGCUUCCUGUUUAAUAAUGACUCAGUAGUGAAAGCUGCUAUUUAUGAUCAUAUGCAGACCCAAGUAGGGGAUGGGUCAAUUAUGAAUGGGUCUGGGGUCUAUAGUAAAGAAGGCAGCCUAGGUGGAGUGAAUAGAAGUGGAAAAUAUUUACGUUUUGGCAAACGAAAUACUAUCAUAUUUGUUUUAUAAUAUAGGUACAGCUAUGGGUAUGGAUGAACAUAUAAAAAUUUUUGACCUCUGCUUUUUUUG